AUGAGGUACUUGCUCCGACUGGGGCACUCGUUUGCCCGCCUUCACGUCCGCUUAUGUCACCAAAGUGUUUACAACAGCCAUUCCAAACAGCAGUCCGUGAGGGUGGACCUUGGAGACAAGAAACUUGAAAUCUCUUCAGGGAAGUUUGCUAGAUUUGCUGAUGGAUCUGCUGUGGUGCAGCUGGGAGAGACGUCUGUGAUGGUCACUGCUGUGAGCAAAACCAAACCUUCUCCAUCUCAGUUUAUGCCUCUUGUGGUUGACUACAGGCAGAAAGCUGCUGCAGCAGGUCGAAUCCCCACUAACUAUUUGAGGCGAGAGCUGGGCACCACUGACAAUGAGAUCCUCACCAGCAGACUAAUAGACAGGUCAAUUAGACCACUUUUCCCUUCUGGUUACUUUUAUGAUACUCAGGUCCUUUGUAACUUGCUGGCAGUUGAUGGUGUCAAUGAUCCAGCUGUGCUGGCUAUAAAUGCAGCUUCUGCUGCUCUGGCCCUGUCCGAUAUCCCCUGGAAUGGACCCAUUGGUGCUGUGCGAAUGGGCAUGGUAGAUGGAGAGAUGCUGGUCAACCCCACCAGGUCAGAGAUGUCUUCCAGCAGUCUCAACCUGAUUGUGGCCGCAGCCCCCAGCAGUCAAGUGGUGAUGAUUGAGGCAUCAGCUGAGAAUAUGCUGCAGCAGGACUUUUGCCAUGCGGUGAAGCUGGGAGUCAAACACAGCCAGCAGAUCAUUCUGACCAUCCAACAGAUGGUGCGAGAGCGUAAAGUCACCAAGCGGACUCCGAUCAAGGUCUUCACAGCUCCGACUGACAUAGUGGAGCAUGCUCGGCAAUUAGCUUCUGAGAGGAUCUACGCUGUUUUCACUGAUUACACUCACGAUAAGAUUUCAAGAGAUGAAGCCAUCAACAAAAUUCGACUAGAAACUGAAGAGAACCUAAAAGAAAAAUUCCCACAGGCUGAGCCCUUUGAUGUCAUCGAGUCCUUCAACACAGUGAGCAAAGAUGUCUUCCGCAGUUUAGUGCUUAAUGAAUACAAGAGAUGUGAUGGGAGGGAGCUGACGUCUUUAAGGAACAUUUCCUGUGAUGUUGACCUCUUUAAACCGCUGCAUGGCUCAGCUCUGUUUCAGAGAGGACAAACACAGGUGCUGUCCAGUGUCACAUUUGAUUCUCUGGAAUCCAGUGUUAAAGCAGACCCAAUCACCGCAGCUUUGAGUGGCAUCAAAGACAAAAACUUCAUGCUUCAUUAUGAAUUCCCUCCAUAUGCAACCAAUGAGAUUGGGAAGAUGGGAGGCAUCAACAGGAGAGAGCUUGGACAUGGGGCCCUGGCUGAGAAAGCUCUGAGACCAGUCAUUCCUAAAGACUUCCCUUUCACUAUUAGGGUCACCGCUGAGGUGCUGGAGUCAAACGGAUCCUCCUCAAUGGCUUCAGCGUGUGGAGGCAGCCUUGCACUGAUGGAUGCAGGUGUGCCCAUCUCUUCUCCUGUUGCAGGUGUAGCAGUGGGCCUCAUCUCCAAGGCUGUUCCAGGGAAACCUGAUGAGAUCCAAGACUACAGAUUACUAACUGAUAUUCUGGGAAUAGAGGAUUACCUCGGAGACAUGGACUUCAAAUUAGCAGGAACAAACAAGGGCAUCACUGCGUUACAGGCUGACGUAAAGAUCCCAGGUUUGCCUCUGAAGGUGGUCAUGGAGGCCAUCCAACAGGCCACUGUGGCAAAAAGGGAAAUUUUGGGCAUCAUGAACAAAUGUAUCGCAAGCCCCAGAGGGACUAGGAAGGAGAAUGGACCUGUUGUUGAAAAUGUCCGGGUGCCUGUUUCCAAGCGAGCACUCUUUGUGGGUCCAGGAGGCUAUAACCUUCGCAGACUACAAGCACAAACGGGUGUGACAAUUAGUCAGGUGGACGAGGAGACUUUCUCUGUGUUCGCUCCAACGCCGGGAGCCAUGGCUGAAGCCCAAGAACUCAUCACUGACAUCUGCAAAGAUGAUCAAGAACAGCAGCUGGAGUUUGGUGCUGUCUACACUGCCACCAUCACUGAGAUAAGAGACAUUGGUGUGAUGGUAAAACUUUAUCCCAACAUGAGCGCUGUCCUGCUGCACAACUCACAACUGGACCACAAACGGAUCAAACAUCCAAGUGCUUUGGGUUUAGAGGUGGGACAGCAGAUACAGGUCAAGUACUUUGGACGGGACCCAACAGACGGAAGAAUGAGACUUUCACGGAAGGUGCUUCAGUCCCCUGCGGCGACACUCGUCAAGACAAUGAGUGAGAAACAGAGCAUUUCCAUGGGUUCAAGCAACAGCCACACGGACAGCACUGGUUUGUGACACAUCAGGCAAACUUUUGGCUUUGCAACCCAAGUGGAUUUCAACUAUCUUUUCGACCAAGAGCAUCAGAUCCGGUGCUGUAAAGAGGUUUACCCUGCUGCUGUGGGGGGUAUGGACUCGGUUAAACUGCACUGGAGUGGACUGCAGCUCAUCACGUAACAGUGUCCUGUUGUCUUUGUGCGCCAAAUUGAAUGAGCACUUGGAUAAGAACAAGCAGUGGACACACGUUUUUGAAUAUUAUAAAUCUGUUGUAAUUUUAAGUGUCCCCUUGUAUGGUGUUUUGUUUUCAGAUUUGCCAACUCAACAUGGACUGCAUCAAGCAGCAGGGGGAUAAUAUAUUCUGCCAGUAUCCUCUGUCACAGUGAUCUAACAGAUUUUUCCCAACAGACACAGUGCAAGCUUACAAUGUUUUUUUUAUUUGUGUGUGAUAGCUUUUCCUCUUGUGUGUACGGGCUUUACCACAUGUUUGGUGUUCACUGUGGCAGUGUGUCGUCUGCCAAGAUCAAGAUAUGGACAAAGAAGGAAAAGUGGGAGAGCUUGUGGUAUAUUUCCUUUUAUGUUGUGUGUGUGAGUCAUCUAUAAAUAAAACAAUGUUGGCUUUGUAGUGAAAAAAAAAAUUCUCAAACAUUUUGAGCAAAAAACACAAUAAUCUUGCUAAAGCUAACAACAAAUGAAGUGGCAUAAAUUAUACUCGCUCAAUACAGCCAGUCAAAACGGUAUGAAACCAGUCGUAAUAAAAGUAGAAUUACCUCUCAGGCUUAGCUGGUUGCUAAAGGUAAAACCGGUUACCUUUAGCAACCAGUGACCAGGCAGCAAUGGUGACACUAUGUUAAGGUUGAAAUCAUCUUCCACCAACCGUGGAGCAUGCCUAGUCAUUCUACCACUGUAAUACACUGCAGCUCAAAUGGGCAAAUAGACAAGGACCUCGACACCAAUUGUAAGUCCCAUGAAGACACCUGCUUGACAUCCACAAUACAAAAUUCAAGAUAACGUUAUUUGUCCUUGUAGACAUUUCUGCUAGACAUAAAGGUUGCAGCGUGAAAGGUACAACAUAGUGACGUUAGAGACAUAAAGCACAGACACUAAGUUUAUUCAGGUUCAUGCAACACAGCCCCUCUUUUCACCUUCUUUUCCUUGUGCCCUGAGCUGAGGAGAUUUAGUGAUAGAUACGUUUUUUUGGUAUCUUUUCCCGAAUUUAAUUGGAAACUGGUAGUGUCUAUCUGAUCUAAAUACCCAUUACUUUCAUUGCUGUUUUGAUCUGUCAGUUUAUUUGUGAUUUUAACUUAGCUGAUAUGCUACCAUACCACACAUACCCUGAUGUAAUUUGCUCUGUCAACGCAUGAUAAAAUGACAUCAUUAUCUGCUGCUCAUCCCUAAACACCCUGAGUCCAUGCAAGAAAUGGAGUCCAUGCAAGAAAUGGAGUCAUGUGCAUGGUUCAGCCAGUGGGCUCCUAUAGACUCAGAUGAUGAGGGACAGAUACUUACAUCCUUGAGACUUUCACCCCUGAGGCUCAGAAAUUUGGGAAAUACUCAUGACAGGAACUGCUGCGUCACACUGUCUGGACCGGCUGCUCCACUGGUGGUUUAUCUGAUAGACUGAAGAAUUUUUUACUUAAUUAAGAGCACAGUUAUUUUGCCUCAUGCAGAAUUUGUAGCCAACUUCCAUUUAUGGUUUGACACUAACCCCAUUACAGAAAUUUGCACCAAAUUAAGAGGGUGAAAACUGAAAUAAAUUCGAAUACUAUGAUUUAAACUCUGUCAGUGCAUGUAGUCUUUCAUUUGACAUACGUUGUACCUGAAGCUUUUUAGAGGGGGAAUAAUACAAAGAAACAGAAAGGCUUCGCUGUACCCUUCAAAUCCAGGCUGGAGCAUUAUUAAUUUUAUAUGAAAUGGUCCCCUUUGAGCAGAGAUAUUGAAGUGCUUGCUGCAACAUGGAUUUUUUUUUCCCUUGGCUGUAAGACAUUAAUGAUACUCAAUAUCUGUACUCAUAAACUGAAGUGGUGUUAAAAUGA